AUGUCUGAACUAGACGAUGAAGCGCAGUCGCUUCUUGAGUUUCAGCUCAAGCCCGCGCUCGUCCUAGACGACUCAGGCGUUGUAAUCGCUAUCAACCCAGGCGGCUUGCGAUUUCUUUGCACCGCGACCUCGACUGGCCAGCACACCUCAAGCCCAGUUGUAGGAAGAAAGAUAUCAGAUCUUAACGUUGUGAUCUCUCCUAAUGCCUCCCCAGCCCUAUGGACUUGGGACGAGAUCCUUUGCGUGGCCGUCAAUACACACACCAAGUUCAACCGGAAUAAUGAACCGACAAAAGCAUCUGCACACAGUCGCGAUGUUUUCCAGGCCACCGAUGACUUCUGGGAUCUGGAAGCUCAACAGCAGCCCUUGGUUGAGAGCAGUAUCUACCUCAUCAGGACGACGCCAGAUACCUCUACAACUAGCACUUCUAAGAAUUCAGAAGGUUCCUCCAAGGUGAAAGCGCGAGCGAAUGUCUGUUGGUAUCCUUCUGGGAUAUUCUUGGUCGUUUUUGACCGCCCGUUUAUGUCUCCGCCACUAAGAAGAUCUCCAUCGCCCGCAGCAGGAUGCUUCCACUACCUUGACGACAAGUCUCUUGCGCCUGCGCACUACAUUCCCAAAACGAGCCUAGCGCCCCUAGUCAGGGACGGAUCGGGUCCUGCAAGUCAUAUACCAAACGGUGAUCAGGUCAAGUCACUCGUCCCGUACAUAACUGUGACUUUGGACGAAGUGGGUCAAGUGGUGCAAUUCUCCGAUUCGUGGUAUCUCUUCACUGGACUCAGCAAAGAAGAAAGUCUUGGCAGCGGCUGGAUUUCAGCCAUCCACCCUGACGACGUAAGGGCGAUGACGAGCGCCUGGACCGACGUUCUCCAAAACGAUCGAGAGAGCUGGACAUACGAAGCACGCUAUUGGGAAGCCUCUUCUGGAGAGUAUUACUGGUUUUUGGUCAGGGCACAGGUGUACAAGGAUGCAUCUGGACAAGUCGUCUGUUGGUACGCAUACAUGUUGGACAUGAAUGAUGUCUUCAUCGCUCGGCGAGAGGAGGAACGACGACAGCAUUCCAUGCUCACUCUCAUCUCGCAAACGGACGUUUUGCUCUGGGGGGUGGAUCGAUCGAACCGGCCGUACAUAUGUGAAGGAGGCUUAAACUGGAACCCGCCCGGAAUCCCAAACCCCCUCCUAUCGACCGCACGCCAGGAAACUACUCAAAUUGAUCUGGGCUUGAAGACUUCCCGCAAACGCGAACAGGAAAAGCUUGUUUCCGGUGUGCAAGCAGUACUGCUUGGACGUGAGUUUGCUUCAGUCAUAGAGCACACGGAGGGCGACCGCUACUUCCGAACGAUUUUUGUCGCCGAGCGUACAGCGCAAGGCACAGCCACUGAUGAAGACUGUGUUACGGAAGCUGCUCUUGCUCUUACGUUCGAGACCACUGAUCAGGUAGUGCAAUCUGGUUUGCGUUUGGAGAACGAAAGGCUCGCACUGAACGAGAAAGCCGCAUCUGACGCGAGCGCACUGAAAAGCAGAUUCCUUGCAAAUACGUCGCACGAGAUACGUACACCAAUCUCUGGUAUUAUUGGUCUUAGUGAGCUUCUCCGUGAUAGCUCGAUCAGUAAACAACAAGCAGAUCUAAUCCACGAUAUUCGCACAAGUGCACAGUUCCUCUUGGCGCUCGUCAAUGAUAUUUUGGACUUGAGCAAGAUCGAUUCUGGGCAGCUGGGCAUCGAGUGUAUACCUUGCUCUCCGUGUGAGACGAUCCGUGAAACACUCGUACCGCUUCAGUUUCAAGCAAAGGAAAAGGGGCUAGAUCUGGGAUGGACAUACGACGUCAAUACUGAGGACGCGUUCCUCGGCGAUCCACAUCGAAUACGACAAGUCCUGACGAACCUCAUCAGCAACAGUAUCAAGUUCACGCACAAAGGCACUAUACAUCUCACUAUCAGCGCUGUGCAAAGCGUAGACUCUGAAGUGUCAAACAUACAAUUUGUUGUGCAGGAUAGUGGGAUUGGCAUAGCUCAAGGAGCCAGAGACCUCCUUUUCAAACCCUUCAGUCAAGCAGAUAGUUCUACAGCCAGGAUAUAUGGAGGCACGGGACUGGGACUUUCUAUCUGCCAAGAGCUUGUUGAACUGAUGGGCGGACGCAUGGCCCUUCAGUCUACGUUAGGUAAAGGUACCGCAGUUACUUUCAAUAUUCCAUUCAAGCUUGAUUCUUCGCCUCGACUACUCGACCAAACGCAAUCUGGGAAAACAUCGGACCUCGUUACUACAGUGCAGUCGGUUGAGGAUGAGCAGACUCAUGAGCCACCCUCGAACCGUGCUGGUUUACAAACAUCUGAUGCCAAGAUAUUCGUUCUUCUUGUGGACGAUAACGCCAUUAACCGCAAGGUCAAUUCUCAUUUCAUUGUAAGAUCAGGCUACGAAGUAGCCACUGCAUGCAACGGCCAAGAAGCAUUGGACUAUGUUUGCAAGACGUCAACACAACCUCAACCAGACAUUAUAUUCAUGGAUUGCAUGAUGCCAGUGGUUGAUGGAUAUGAGGCCACCAGCAGGAUACGCAACGACGCAGACAUGUUCGACGAGCGAACACGCAAGCUGCCUAUCGUAGCACUUACUGCCAGUGGACAGCAAAGCAAUAGGGAAAGAUGCUGGGACGAUGGCAUGGAUGAUUACAUCUGCAGGCCAGUGUCUCAACGCACGUUGAAAGACGCGGUGCUGAAGUGGACCUCACCGAAGGAUACUUGA